GUCGGUGAGCGCAUCGCUCGCGACCCUCUUCUCCGUCUUCCUUCAUUAUCCGGUCUCUGUCCCGAUAAACAGGUCUUUCCCCUACCCCGGUCGGCUACCCUCGAAAUGCGGUUCCACCUCUACCUCGGUGCUGCUCUGUCCUUCCUGACCCUCGGCGUCUUCGCGCAGUCCGCGGAGACGGAGACGGAGCAGAAGACCUUCACUGUUACUGGACCCCUCGUCGCCGUGAGCGCGUUCUGGCCAGAGGAAAACCCCUUCGGACAAAUUGUCAACGGGGAGAAGAAUCUGCUCGUCAUCAACGUUGAGAACAAGUCCGACAAGAACGUUACGCUUCUCAACAUCGCUGGCUCGGUGACCAAGCCCGACUCUGGCGCGUUGAUCAGGAACCUUACGACUUUCCCGUAUGGCGUGUCCCUGGUGGAGAGCGUUGGCCUCAAGCUGCCUUAUGAGUUCUUCAGCGAAUUCAAGACUGGCGACAUCCGGUUGAAUGUCUGGCUCGACUACGCUGCUGAUGACACCGUCUACCGCGUCUCUGCCUUCGAAGACAUCGUUCAGGUCGUCGAGCCUGAGCUCUCCUUCUUCGACUUCAAGCUCUGGACCACCUACCUCAUCGUCGCCGGCAUCCUCGGCACCGCCGGCUACCUCACCUACCUCUCCUACGCGCCCCCGCCUAAGCGCCAGCGCACCAAGAAGUCCUCCGUCAGCACGCCCGUCUCUGUGACCGCGACCGGCGCGGGCGGCUACCAGGAGGAGUGGGUGCCGGAGCAUCACCUGAAGAAGACGAAGGCGGGGCGGAAGGGUGCAGCUAGUGGGGAUGAGUUGAGCGGUGGGGAGACGAGCGGCGCGGAGGGGAAGAAGCGGAAGGGGAGGAAGUAGGUCGCAGGGCUGAAGUUUGAAGUUGAUGAACUUUGGUGAGCCUCGCACUCGACGCGAAGGAUGGUCUUGGUUGGGGCGUAUGUGCCCUCGAGCGUAUGUGUAGGACGAACAGACUGUAGUCUACGUAGUUCUCUAGCAGAAGCGCAAAAUGACCAGGCGGCAUAAAGCUUGAAAAGGA